GUGCGUCGGUCGCGGCUUAAUAAAUAUGGUGGAUAAUCGCGCAUGACGACAUUUAUACAAUUUUUUUUUGACUGUUUCAAAAUAUACUUGUGUUUAAAUUUUUAGUGUUGUUAUAUAAAGAUGGGGUGUGCAAAGAUAUUCGCAGCACUGCGUCGUUGCAAGCAACUUGAUGAUGAUGGGGACAAUUCCACGCCUUUGUCGAGGUGUUUGGGUCUGGUGGACCUCACAGCUCUUGGAGUUGGAAGCACGCUCGGUCUUGGCGUGUAUGUUUUGGCAGGAUCUGUUGCUAAAACUGAAGCAGGUCCGGCCGUGACCCUUAGCUUCCUCGUCGCGGCUAUCGCGUCUGCUUUCGCCGGUCUCUGCUAUGCUGAAUUCGCUGCACGUGUUCCCAAAGCUGGUUCAGCUUACGUUUAUAGCUACGUCAGCGUUGGCGAGUUCAUAGCUUUUACUAUAGGCUGGAACCUGAUAUUGGAAUACGUCAUUGGCACGGCGAGCGUUGCCAAGGGAAUGGCCAAUUAUAUAGAUAGCCUCUUCAACAACACCAUGGCUAUCACCAUGAGGGAAAUGGUGCCAAUAAAUAUAUCAUUUCUCGCCAAUUAUCCAGAUUUCUUGGCAUUUGGUCUGGUGCUGCUUAUAACGAUACUUCUUUGCGUCGGUGUGAAAGAGUCGACGAAACUGAACAAUGUGUUCACGGCACUCAACCUGGCCACUGUCAUGAUCGUCAUUAUCGCUGGUGCAAUUAAAAGUGAUCCAGCAAACUGGAGGAUAAAAGUUGAGGACAUUCCCGAGGAGUACCGCAGCCAGGCCGGCGAGGGAGGCUUUAUGCCGUGGGGUGUGGCGGGCGUCAUGGCCGGUGCCGCUAAGUGCUUCUUCGGCUUCGUGGGCUUCGACUGCGUGGCCACCACCGGAGAGGAGGCGAAGGACCCCAAAAAAGAUAUACCACUGUCUAUUGUAAUUUCCUUGGCGGUGAUCUUCGCAUCAUACUUCAGUAUCGCCACGGUCUUGACAAUGAUGUGGCCGUAUUAUUUACAGGACGCAGACGCACCAUUCCCCCACGUGUUCACACAGACCGGUAUGCCCGUGAUCAUGUGGAUCGUGACGGUGGGCGCAGUGUUCGCACUGUGCACGAGCCUGCUGGGCGCCAUGUUCCCACUCCCACGCGUGCUGUACGCCAUGGGCACGGACGGGGUGCUGUUCCGUCCCUUGAGCAUGAUCGAUGCCCGCACCAAGACACCGCUGCUUGCGACCCUACUGAGUGGUCUAUUCGCUGCGAUAAUGGCGGCCAUCUUUAAUCUAAAUCAGCUGAUCGAUAUGAUGUCCAUAGGAACACUUCUAGCAUACACCAUCGUAGCGGCCAGCGUCUUAAUUCUGCGGUACGAGGAAGAAAAUGUAGUUGUUAUGAACGGCAUCAAUGCAGUACCAGAGACCGUUUAUAGCAUUAUUAAACAAAGCCUGAACUUGUUGGGUCUCAAGCACCCCACUACUCUAUCAGCCACAAUCGCCAAAUGCACCAUCGGCUUAUCAUUCGUGGUGGCUCUGAUUUCUUGCACACUGCUCCGCUGGUCGGGCGGCGGGCUGGGUGUGCUGUGCGCGGCGCUGCCGCUGCUGGCGCUGCUGCUCGUGCUACACCGCCAGCCGCGCGCCAGCGUGCAGCAUCUCAGCUUCAAGGUUCCACUAGUACCUCUGGUUCCAUACUUGAGUGUGUGCAUGAACGUAUACCUCAUGAUGCAGUUGGACUACCAGACUUGGGUGCGCUUCAUCCUCUGGCUCGUGAUAGGUUACGCGAUUUACUUCAUCUACGGCAUCCGAAACAGUUCUCUGAGGGAAACGAAAUCCCUGAUGAACAAAAACAGCAUUGUCAACGAAAAACAGGUCAUCACAAAGUUUUGACAGAGGAAUCUAGACCUUAUGAUGUAUUGUUAUAGGUGACAUUCGAUUGGAAUGUUAACAGGGUGAUUAAUUAGACUUAAGAUUUAUGUAGCAGUCCGCCGAUUCGUUGAAUUUUAUGUGACAAAAUUACUAAUCUGAAAUAGGAAUAUCAAUUUAAUUUUUUAUCAUAACCAGGUUAGUCAAACAAAAUAUUUUUCAAUUACAAAGAUUCUGUUCAGAAAUUUGAUUGUUUUAAAAUUAAAAGUCUAAAAUCAAUAUGGCGACCAGAUCGAAUCGUUGCUAACCGCCGUUUUAAAAGAGUGCUUUUGUAUUGAAUUUAAUCGCCAUUUUGAAUUUGUUAACCAGUGUUUCGUAAAUGCAAAUUUCCUUGACAGAGAUUUUAUAUUUUACCCAUAUCGGAUAUUUAAUAAAUUAAUUAAUAUAUUUUUAUCAAAUUUUAUCCAUUAUACAAAUAUAUAAUAGUGACAAAAUUAUAUUAUAUAAAUAGAACUUAUAUAUAUGUAUAAAAAUUCAAACAGCUUUUAUAAAUAUCUAUUUAUGUAUGAAGCAAUUUCUUUUAAAUUUUUGUCUGGACACUUAAGAUUCCCUAUAAGACUUAAUCACUUAAAUAUUGAAACCAGUGCAAUAUUUAUUUAGUUUUUUUUUUAUAAAAAUCCUUCAGGAGGUAAAUUCCAAAAAAACAGAUAUAAAGCUGAGAGCUAUAUGCGUUUAGUAACAUAUAUUAUAUAUAGUUUUUCUCUUGUAUAGUUUUACAAAAAUAUACCUAUUUAUAGACUGUUGAUGAUUAAACGUCAUCCUCAACUUAUUUUUUUUUCAAAAUUCAGUUUCUGUAUAUUUUAUAUGUAUUGAAUACAUGUAUAUAUUUUAAUCGUGCAGGACGGUGGACUACUAAAGACUUAAAAUAGUACUCGAGUAUAUUGUUUAAAGGUUAAGUUGAUAUAGAAACCAGCAACGCCGGCCCUGGGUUAGAGCGAGAGAAGCGAUCGCCCUCAUCGGUAGAUAGGCGCGCUGUCAAAACAAUCCGGGGUACACAAGCGUUGUUUGUUAAUAAAUGUGGUAAAGGGAAAGACUAUCUCGCUCUGCUCUGAUCAAGGGUAAGGGGCCGGCGCUGGAAGCCAGCUCCAGGUCAGUCUUACCGAGCCAGGGGUGGCAAGGGCAGGCGCUUUAAAAAAGCUUCGAACUACGAUCGUAAUAUCAUACCAUUUGGCUCUAUCCUUCAGAGAUUGAAAAUUUAACUUAAUUUAUUUAAACAUGUUAAUUGAAUUAGUAUAGCUAUUGUUUUUUUUUAAAUCUAUGUCUUUAGCGCCCUUUGAAAUUAUAAUACCAGAGAUAUUGUAGUUGGUUAGCUCCAGGGUUCAUAGAAAACUUACUAUAAAAUUCACAACAAUGUUUGAUACAUUCCAUGUUAUAAUAGGUUUAAUUGUGAUAUUAAAAUGUAAUGAUUAUCAAAUGGGUCGUCAAAUUUAAUAUGUCUUAGAUAUUAUUUAUUUUUAUGAUUUAGAAAUUUUACAUGUACAUUUAAGAUUUCAUUGAACACGAGAAAUUAUUAAAGAUGACAUUAUUAGAUAAUUAUAAUGAUUAGUGACGAUUUCAAGAAAAAAUAAUUUAGUUGGUGUGCGCUGAUGUGCCAUAGGUCAUUAACCUCUGUUUUGUUUUAUGAAAUAUUCUGAUGUAUAUAGAAAUAAAAAAGUAUUAGCAUAAUUAACUCAAGACUAUUACAUCUUAUAUACUUAAGGCACAAUUACAAAGGCAAAUAUCAAAACUGUUUAUCCAAUUGAAAAUAUUUUAUAGUUGUUA